CGACGCCGCGGCAUGCGCGCGACGGCGACGCGCGCCACGGCGUCGCGCGCGUCGCCGUCGGCGCUCCGGACGACGCGCGCCGGACGACGCGCGACGCGCGCGCGCGGCGACGACGCGCGGCGUCGCGCUGACGCGGAUGGCGACGGCGCGACGAACGCGCGCGCGCGCGCGAACGUCGUGGACGACGCGACGACGACGGCGACGACGACGGCGACGACGACGGGACGCGCGUGCGUCGGAGGCGCGAUCGACGGCGGGAUGUCGACGCGAGACGCGCGCGCGAUGGAGAUUUCAGUCGCCGCGGCGUGCGCGGCGGCGAUUUCGGCGGCGGCGCUGAGCGUCUUCGCGUUGGAGGGCGCGCGGAGGAAACGCGUCGCCGAUCGGGGCGGCGGGACGAGAUCCGGAUGAAGAGGUGCUGCGCGCGGCGGUCGAGGUGGCGGAGUUGGCGGAGAGCAUGGCGCGGAGAUGGCCGAGCGAAAAGACGAUGAAACGCGCAAAGGCGGCGCGCGCCGAGGCGACGGAGAUUCGACGACGGCGAGACGCGCGAAGAGACGCGGCGAAACGCGCCGAGGAAUGGAAAGAGCGCGUGCGCGUGAAAGGGGGUGAAGGCGAGGAAGCGUCGGAGGGUGACGCCGAACGCGCGCGGUUGGACGCCGAGCUCGCGGCGCGCGCGCGCGCGAAGGAGGCGCGCGAGAAAAAGGCGCCGAUGCCGGGCGCGUCGGCGCAGUGGACGCCCGCGGACGAAUACCUGAAUUCGAUUUUGAGAAAGGAGAGCGCGGCGCACCCGGUGGAUGAUGCGGAGGUGGUGCGAAACGCUGAAGUCGAGUCGUCGCCGCGGACGAACGCGCGAGAAGCGCCGCGCGAACCGGAGUACCCGCCCGAACUCGUCGAGGCGAUGAAGCGCAUGGAGGCGGACAUUGCGAGCGGGGCGUUUAGCGAGGAAGCGCUCUUGGAGAAGUACGCGGACGUUUUGGAUACAUUCGGGGAAGAGUUCGACCCCGUUAAUAUCGAUGACGAUGACGACAAGGGCGAGCAUCCGCAAUUGCUCGAUCCGUACUGGUGGCGAGACGCGCGCGCGUUGCACUUGAUCAUGAUCACGCCGAUGGGAAGUCGAGACUCGCGCUUGUUCGCGAUGCAAAUGGUUCCGGAUAACAUCCCGCCGCGCGCGAGACCGGAAGACAAGUUUCAUGUCUUGGCGUUUGAAAAUAAGUCGGACGCCGAAAAUUUUUGUUUCUUCAUGCAGUCGAAGCGGGAAGACGAGGAUUUGGACGACGCGUUGAGAGGUUUGGUGACGAUGACGGGCAUCGGACCGAAGGAGUUGCAAAAAGUCGCCGAUGACGCAGGCUACGGUGUCACCGUCGUCGGCGCUGGGCGAGUCGACUUGUCGGCCAACCGCCCACACGUAGACGUAUUAAAUCACAUCACGCACAUCGGGGGCGAAGUGUACCUUUGGGAAUUCGCGAGGAAAGUCAAGCGCGACUUUGACGCCGAAAACGGUGGCGCCGGCGCGAGGUGAAAACUUUAGAUAGCGUUACAAUUCUCG